GACCGAGCCACCGAGGUCCGAAACCCAAACACAGACACGCACACGCGAAGCGAAACACAUCCAUACGAACGCACGCGCGAAUCGCCGGUGACCUCGACGGAGGCGGCGGCGACGGGCUCGGGUGCCGGCGAUCUCCUCCCCGGAGGCGGCGUCCAUGGCCCGCCGCUCCUCCUCCUCCUCCUCCUCGUCGGGGGCGUGGCGGUACCUGAACCCUGCGUAUUACCUCAAGCGGCCGAAGCGCCUCGCCCUCCUCUUCUUCGUCUUCGUCGCCGCCACCUUCGCCUUCUGGGAUCGGCAGUCGCUCGUCCGGGAGUACGAGUCAGAGAUUACCCGAUUAGAUGACGAAAUAAAUCGGUUGCAUGACCAGUUAAGAAAGGCUGGAGUUCAUCUGGAUGAAAAUCCAAUAAGUGCAAAAAUACCCAGAGAAAAAUUUGUAGAAAUUGAUCCUAUUAAUAAUCAAAGGAGAGAAAAGGUUAAGGAGGCUAUGGCCCAUGCGUGGAAUUCCUACGUGAAGUAUGCCUGGGGAAUGGAUGAACUUCAGCCACAAUCAAGGAAUGGUAUCAAUAGCUUUGGUGGUCUUGGAGCGACCCUUGUGGACUCACUUGAUACACUAUAUAUAAUGGGCCUAAAAGAUGAAUUUCAGAGGGCUAGAGACUGGGUGGCCGAGUCACUAAGCUUUGACAAGGAUUACGACGCAAGUGUUUUUGAAACGACCAUAAGGGUUGUUGGAGGCCUCCUCAGUGCAUAUGAUUUGUCUGGAGACCAAGUAUUUCUCGAGAAGGCAAAAGAUAUUACUGACCGUCUACUACCUGCUUGGGAUACAACAUCUGGUAUCCCUUAUAACAGAAUCAACUUAGCUCACGGACGAGCCCAUAAUCCUGGAUGGACCAAUGGUGAUAGUAUCCUUGCUGAUUCUGGCACGGAGCAACUUGAAUUUAUAGCUUUGUCACAGAGGACCGGUGACCCCAAGUAUCAACAAAAGGCGGAGAAUGUCAUCAGACAGCUUCAGAAGAUAUAUCCAAGCGAUGGAUUACUUCCUAUAUACAUAAACCCUCAUUCAGGAACUGCAUCGUACUCAACAAUUACAUUUGGUGCUAUGGGAGAUAGCUUCUAUGAGUACUUGCUCAAGGUUUGGAUCCAGGGGAAUAAAACUGAGCAUGUAAAGCAUUACAGACAAAUGUGGGAGACAUCAAUGGAAGGCCUAAUAAGCUUGACCAAGAAAACUACACCCUCUAAUUACUACUACAUCUGUGAGAAGAAUGGUGGCUCAUUGUCUGACAAGAUGGAUGAGCUUGCAUGCUUUGCCCCAGGUAUGCUGGCACUGGGAGCCUCUGGCUAUGAGGAUACUGAAAAGGCUGAAGAAAUUAUGAAUCUUGCAAAAGAGCUUGCUCGAACCUGUUAUAACUUCUACCAAACAACUCCCACAAAGUUGGCUGGAGAGAACUAUUUUUUCCACACUGGACAGGAUAUGAACGUGGGCACAUCAUGGAAUAUCCUGAGACCUGAGACUGUUGAAUCACUUAUGUACUUGUGGCGCCUUACUGGGAACAAAACAUACCAAGACUGGGGGUGGGACAUAUUCCAGGCAUUUGAAAAGAACUCCCGCAUAGAAUCGGGAUACGUUGGGCUGAGAGAUGUGAAUACUGGUGAGAAGGAUAACAUGAUGCAAAGCUUCUUCCUAGCAGAGACACUCAAGUACCUAUACCUCCUGUUCUCCCCUCCAUCAGUCAUAUCCUUUGAUGAGUGGGUCUUCAAUACCGAAGCCCACCCACUGAGAAUUGUUCCUUCAAAUGAUAUUAGCAAAGCUCACUCAGUUGACUUUGCACCACCGGUGGUACGACCGUUCGGGAGGAAGCAGGGAAAACAAGAGUAGAUUUGAACCAUAUAGCACAGGAAUUUUUCGGCUGCCCUCUGAUUUUUGACCUGCCUGAUGCAAGGCUUUGACACAAGCAGAGAUUCUGCCUGUAGCAGUAAGGGCUGAAAUUCAUGGCAAUAGGAUGUUUAGGCAACGGAAUUAUAGGUAGAGCACGAUGAGAUAUUCUGGGGGCACAUUGAACUUCAGAGUAUAAAUCGAAGAUCAAUAACCCCUGAAAGUUUAUAUUUCUGAACUUGUUUGCACUCCCUUCAUUAUUGAUGUGUAACACGUAAAUCUAACAGUGUCCAUAUGUUGUUUGUUGCGCGGGGGCUUCUGUGGAGUUGUAUUUUUCAUUACGUAGCCUGACUUGUGACAUUUUGAAACACGGUCUAUAAAGAAGGCUUGCAUUUUACUUC